AUGGCUCCGUCUGGAAGGAGAUCCGAACCUCGUGGAACUCCUACCGAGGAACUGCUAGCGCAGAAUUUGCAGCAAUUGACCCAAUUGACUCAAACUUUGGGAAAUGCGCUCCUCAAUAAUCAACGGGGAGGGCCAGAUGUAGCUAAGAUCAUAGCCGGGCAUCGUCCGCCAUUCUUCACCGGCAAGGAAGAUCCGCUGAUGUUAGAAGAUUGGAUAAGGACUUUCGACAAAAUGUUUGAGGCUGUAGAUUGUCCCGAAGAAAGGAGGGUGGAGAUAGCUACAUUCUAUCUCCAGCAAGAAGCUGACAAUUGGUGGAGUAUGAUGGGACCCAUGUAUCUGCAAGAGGGAGAAUUUCAAUGGACUGACCUUAAGGCUCGAAUGCGGGAUCGUUUUUAUCCCGAGCAUGUUAAGUCCGCCAAGUAUGAGGAAUUUCUGCAUCUACGUCAAGGGACGACAUCUAUUCAGGACUACUAUGCUAAAUAUCUUGAGCUGGCACGAUUUGCUCCUGCCCUAGCCCCGGAUGAGCCAAGCAAGGCUAGGAAGUUUGUAAGUGGAUUAAAUUUCGAGACUCAAAAAGCCGUUUGUGUGUUUGAGUGUCAGACUCUUGGAGAGGCUUAUAGUAAGGCUGCCAAACAUUAUCGAAUCCAGCAGAUGCAGAAGGAGGUUCGUGAGAAGGGUAAGAGGAGAUUUGAAGGUAGUAGCAAAGGGGGAGAGAAGAAAUAUAAGAUGAGUCAAGGAGAGAAUGUUCAGGAGUACUAA